UUUUAUUACAAUAUUUUCAUUCCAAAUCUCUCACUUCUUUCUUUUUUUCUUCUUAUUCUCCCUUUUAAUUUCAUCCAAAACCAACCAAGUUCUUGAAAAUGGCUACUGUUGAGGUUGUGCCCGCAACACCAGUCCAUGUGGAGGAGAUCAAAGAGGAGGAAGCAAUACCCUCUGUUGAAGAAGAGGCGGUUGAUGUGACCGAAACGGAAGCCCCAGCAGCUGAUGAAGAAGAGGAAGCCAAGCCAGAGGCGGAGCCAGAGCCGGUAGCUCCGGCAGCUGAAGAAGAAGCCACGACGGAGCCAGAAGCUGCGUCGGCUGAUGAUGAGCCUGCCGUUGAAAAAGAAGAAAAUGUAGAGGAGGAAAGUUCUGAUAAAGUGGCGCCGGAGCCAGCUGAGGAGGAGGUGGAGCCGCCACAAGAAGAGGCUGAUCAAGCUCCGGAGCCGGAGGAAGAAGUGGCGGCGGCGGCGGCUGUAGAAGAGGAGAAGCCGGCGGUUGAGGAGUGAAGUGAAAAUCAAAAUGGCAAGUUUGAAUCUUUUUUAUUUGUAUUUGUUAUGUUUAAGAAUAAGUGGUUCGAUGGUUUCUUUGUUUGUUUGGUUUGGUGGAGAAAGAGAGAUUCUAAGAAUCAAAUGACUCAAGAAUGUAGCCAAUGCUAAUCUGCCACCUGGCAUGCUAAGGUGAAGUUGGGAAAACAGCUUUGGUAAAUUGGGAUAGUAUGAGUGGAAUGUCUUUUAUUAAUAAGAAUAUAUAUAUAUAUAUAUAUAUAUAUAUAUGUUUGUGUCAUAUAAAUAUGCUUAUUUUUCACUUUGAA